AUGAAAGCAAGUUAACUGCACAAGCAAUUUAACGAAUAUUUUGCUCCAAAAAUGGCUUGAUGAAUUUGUAGUUUCUCAAUCAAGAUCAGCUGAAGAUUUGUAUGAUGUGUGCAGUACAUAGCUAACUAUAUGAGACCUCGCCUGGAUAGACUGUAAAUUUCAGAAAUGGAGUGUUUCUGGUGUAUGUCCGGAUAUAAAGCAAACGCCAAAGUCCUGGUAGAAUUUUGUUCCCCAGAAAUGGACGAUGACCUCACACGCAAAAUGCAGUUAAACCUCACCGGUUGUUUGGAUUGUGUAAUGGCUUACCAUUAUGCAAGGCAGUACUUUUUAAAAAGAAACGCAUCAUCACGAAAGGAACUGUUCACGUGGGAGACCAGAAGACUGUGCGUGCACAUAAAAAAGUCUCUUCAUUCAGAUACGAGCAAUUCUGAAGAAAAGGUAAAAAUGUCGUUUGGAGAUGAACUUUCCGAGAUGCUGUCAAUAUCCUUGCACGAAAUCCUGAUCUUUCCGUAUUUACUGUGGAGCAAAGAGCUAGCAAGCCUUGCCACUGAAGCUUUGUUGCGUCUAGAGGCACUAGGCUCGCCGUUACCGUUUUAUAGCAAAUUACCUGGGCUGUAUAUACUCGUCAUCCAUCCAAAUUCUGAGGUACGAAAAUUAGCUCAAUCAACCGUGAAUUUUCUCGGUUCAAUAUCAUGCGAUGACUUUGAUGACCUUAGUGACGUUAUGAAAUGGAUCAUAAACGUCUCGGAAUUUGGCCUUUUGGGCUCAGAGGAUUGGGAAAUUGCCAACGAUGGAAUUCUGCCGUCUCAUCUUUUUCAAAAAACUAAGAAGGAGUAUUGGGCGAGUGUGUGUACACUUUUAGAAAAGUUCGAAGCAAGAACAAUACGAUAUCAGCUGCUUAGUCGUGAUCAUCAUGACCAGUUCAUUAACAUCAUUCUUAACGCGAUGGAUCAGGAAAACUGCCCUAAUUCUGGACGAGAUAGUGAAUUUUGGCCUCUGCUGAACUGCCUCUUAAUAUUACUCAAACGUCUCGAAUCUGGCAUCUGGCAGCACGUAAAUCUGACGCAUACUGAUCUCUUCCUGCUGGUUGUAUUACACCCGGCAUAUCGUAAUGAACUGCAGCAGUUACCAGGCUAUAAAAUGAAAGACUUGGAGGCAAGUGAUGAACAUACAGCAUUAUCCGGCGGCCCAGCCCACGACAACAACGAUCACCAAUCUCAAAGGGUUACUGACCCAGAAGAAUCAUUCCAGGUUCUUAUGUUAACUUGGCUUAAGCGCUUUUUGGAGUCUGUGGUUGUGUUUGGUGACGACGCGGAAAAAGCAGUUAAAGUGGUUUUCAAAUACUUCGACUGUCUGAAAGAUGAACUUGAAAUCCCCUCUGAAGGAUACGAUAAUACAAUGGUGACCAUGAUAAGUUGCUUGGAAUUUCUUUUGAAGAAUUCUUUGAAAUCUUUCUUGAAUAUCUCUGCCAAGCGCUGGAUUCCUGAUGUCUUAGAAAUCUUAAGCCUCGACUUAGAUCAGCUGUCAGCGGGUCAGGAGCAGGCAAUUUCGUUCUGUAAGCUGUUUUUACAGAGCGUGGACGAAAUUCCUAAAAAUGUCAGCCGCGAUCUGAUCGCGUGGCUUGAAGGGAAAAAUGAAAUAGACGAGGAUUAUGAACUACGAAACCUGGUCAAACUUGAAAACUUGCUGUUGUCACAUUUUAAGGAUCUCCCUCCUGUCACCCGAACUUUUGUUCGAGAACGGCGAACGAUUAUGAUGCCGAAGACUACCAACGUUCGUUCCGCCAACUCAAUAAAAAGCGAAACAAAAAGUGUGUCAGUGACAAUGGCACCACAAAAUACGGCAAGGAAAUCGCACAGUGCUGCUGUUACAUCUCGUCUGAUGGAUGGCGAAGUGCGUUUGAAAAAGUUGGACAUGGAGAAAACGAGUGUCCGGACGAAGCAAGAACCCAUCCACCUUCUAUCGAAUAAUGCAAAAGAUGAUGAGUCUGUGAAACGUCUGAAAGAAAAUUCGGAUGACAAGGGUGUCCCAAUGAACCAAGAUGUGAUCGUUAUAUUGGAUACUUCAAAUGACAGUUCUUCUGAUGACGAUGAGCCCAUUGGGAAAAAAUUUUCAAAAAAAAAACUAGUCAAAGGUGACAUUCCUACCACCAGUAUAAAGAAGAAAUCACCUUUAGAUACGAGUGAUACCAAAAUGGACGUCCAAAAUAGCGUAGAAACAAUCUGGAUUACAUCGGAUAGCUCAAGCGACGAAGAGCCUUCCGUUUGUUCACGAAAAAGGUUUGGUGACGAAGCCAACUUGCCUACUGUAUUUAAAAGAAAGUGUGUUGAGGAGAAAAUGGACCAACCUGACUUUAUUGAACAUGAAGAAUUGGGGUUGGAGGAACAGCAGCAAGGAUGUGAAGAAACUGCUGUAAAGAAUAGUUUUUGUGUUGAAGCAGACGUCCAUGCUGAAUCUAAAGGAAAUUUUGCGAAGACCGACACAUUGAUUUUCAAUAUCAGUGAUACCGAUAUGGAUACCACGAAUGCAGCUGUGAUUGUCGAGAGCAAAGUUGACCUACUAGAAUCACAUCAUCAGGAAGAAUUAGUUGCUCGUGAACAGAAGGAUGAUGCAGAAAAAGUAACGAAUAGUUUGAAAGUUGAAAGUUCGACAUCAAAUCUUGAGCCAUCUUUAGAAGCCAUGGAUGCUACGAAAGAAACUAAAAUGAACUCUUGGGAAUCGCAAGAACCCGAAAUAUUAGUGACGAGUGUACUAAAGCGGAAUGAGGACGGAAAGAUGACUAAUAGUAGUUUGCCUUCAAGUGCGGCGGUAUCCUCAAACACUAAAAGUGUUGAAGUCACCACGGCAAGAAAUGCUGCUGCAGCAGUUCGUCAAACGAAAGUUCCCCCAAACAAACCAGUCAAUGCUCCUGUCGGCAAUAAAGUCAUCCCAAUCCGCAAAAAGGCCCUGGAAACGAAACCCAGCAAAUUGCUAACAGUGGAAGAGCUCUACUACGUGAUUCUGAAUUGGGAUCCUUUUAUGCUAAUGAAACAAUAUAAUCUGGAGAUUGCGAAUUGUGGGAAAGUGAAACCAACAUUUGAGAGCACAGAUGACUAUUACAGCGUCUUUAAACCGCUUCUGUUCUUAGAGUGCUGGGCUCAGGCUCUUCGUGAAUGGCAACAAGCACGAAAUCACAAGGAAGACAUUAUCGUUGUGAAAUCUGUUAAUGAUUUUGUUGACCGUUUUCUGCUGGUGGUAUGUCACCAACAUGUCAUCACCACAAAUAAAGCUGACGACAAAUUUUUCCGCGAAAAUGAUUUGGUCAUGCUUAAAUUAAAGGACGAAAACCGGAAACCUCUAUUCGCUAUCGUACAAAGCGCGAGGCCCUUGUGUAAUUCCGGGCCGCCGAGGGGUGGAAACCCUCCUAAAAGCGGUGUUGAGGACUUUGACGUGAGUAUUACCCUCCGACUGAUACCAAAGGAACGACCACUCAUUGUUAAUGAAAAAAUACGCUGUGUGUUUGUGACCUCAUUAAUAACAACGUUACGUCAGUGGAAUGGAUUGAUGUUUUUUCCGCGUAGUCUUUUGGCCAGAGAUAUUUUGCAGCCCAGAAUAAACCAUUGUUUUAACAGCAGUCUUCGAACAGAAAAGACUGAUGCUGCUGAACAGGUUUACAAUAAAUCCCAAGCAGCUGCCAUUAAUGGCACGGUCGCAGCUCUUCGUUUACCCUACCCAAUACCAAGAAUUUCUUUCAUCCAAGGGCCACCAGGGACGGGGAAAUCCCACACUAUUAUCGGCUUGUUAAAAUCAUAUUUAGAGAAUCAAGAAAAAGAUAUCAGAGCUGAAAAAGCAAAUCGUUUACCUGGUUCAAAGAAUCUUGUUCGUGUUGAAACAUCGGGAAAGAUAUUGCUUUGUGCACCGUCUAAUGCCGCUGUUUAUGUCCUCGUUCGCCGAAUGAUUGCCGAAAUAAAGUCCACAACAACCAAUAAUUUGACUGGAAGAAAAAAGAAUUGUGGCGAUAUACACCUAGUUUGUGUUGGUCGAGCAUCCGUUCAUCACCCUGAACUCGCCCCUUUUGCACUGGAAACUUUGACCAAGAUUGAGGUUUCAAAACGUUCCAGUAAUAAUCACGAAAAUGAGAGAAUUGCUCAUGGAAAAGUAGAUUCACUUCGAGAGAAAAUUGAGAGUUUAGGAAAGCACGUUUACCAGCUACGAUUGGCUGGAUUUCAACAUGACAGUUACGAGAUUAAAUCCCUAAAUUAUGAAAUUGAAGGAAUUGUGAAGGAAAAACAAAUGCUAGAGAAGAAAUAUCUCACUAUACGUAGAAAACGGCAAAUGUUGAAAGACGAGGAACAAAAGAUAAGAAAAGACAUUCUAAAAUCGGCGGAUGUCAUAUGUUGUACAUUGAGUGCUUCUGGUUCACCGUUGCUUCAUAAACUGAAGACCUCGAUCGCCCAUGUUCCAUUUGGCUGCGUUAUAGUGGAUGAGGCGUGUCAGAGUUGUGAGCUUGAUCUAUUAAUUCCUUUGCAAUUUGGAAGCUCAAAGCUAGUUAUGGUCGGUGACCCGGAACAGCUUCGGAGCACUGUGAUAUCUAAGAAAGCUCAAGAAUUGAUGUUGGGCCAAUCGAUGUACGAACGACUUUACAGAGUGUUUAAGAAAAGAGCUCACGACAGUGGACGUUCUCUUCAUGCAACCAACGACAAUCCAAUACAGUUAUUGGACUUACAAUAUCGCAUGCAUCCAGCGAUUUCAUUCUUCCCAGCGAAGUACGUCUACCAAGGCCGAGUUCAAGAUGAAAGGUCACUCGCGACUCGAAAGUGUGUCAGUUCAAUUAAACCUUACGCUUUGCUUAAUGUGCGGAAUGGCAUCGAACAAAAUUCACCUUGUGGUUCCUUAUGUAAUCCAGUGGAGAGUGGUCUGGUCGUUGAAAUAUGUUCGAUGUUGCAACGGGAAGUCAGUGAGAAUCAUUUUGGAAUCAUCACCCCGUAUAGAGCGCAAGUCAACCUAAUUCGAAAUCGUCUUGCACAGAGUGGAUUAAAGAAUGUUGAAGUUGAUACAGUGGAUGGUUUCCAGGGUCGCGAGAAAGAUUUUGUGAUAAUGUCAUGUGUUCGUGCCGGCAAAGAUCCGCACAGAGGUAUUGGAUUUCUUGCGGAUCGAACGCGGCUGAAUGUAGCGCUGACGCGCGCAAAAUACUCAUUGAUUAUAUUACUUAAUGUCAACUCUCUCGAGACCAACACCGAUUGGAGGGCUUGCAUAGAUGACGCGAGAAAACGAGGUGUUCUUUUCGACGUAAUCUCAACUAAGGAUCUUUCACGAGUUUUCGAGAAAAGCCAGGCAGUUGAAACAGAUCGCAUUCCAAAAUCCAAAGCUUCAAACUCAACUCUGCAUUUAACGUCCGCUAAGGACAGUUUAAUUUCAAAGACCAGCAUAUCCAACAGCAAUGCGUUUACGGGUUGUAUUAAUCAAAAUGCGAGAUCCUCCAUUUUAAGAAAUACUACCACAUCUGCAACAAAUGCUGUGCUGUUCUCCCGUGUCAGUGCUAAUUUCACAAAAACAUCGACAUCAAAUACUUCGUCCCCCGAUGUACCUUUGCAAAGGAAAGGCGAAACAAAUGGACAUAAUUCAAGUUCUGACGAGUUCGAUUUUGACGAUCAUGAGCCAGGAAUUUGCAAUAAGCUCACUGCGGGUGAAAUGGAUUCCGAUGAAAAACGUGGAGAAAAAGCCAAGUGUGCGAGAAAAAUAAUAAAGCGUGGAGCAAACAUUAAAGCCUGAAAAUUUUUAUAUUUGCAGCAGCUGGCUCAACACGAGAGCGUGAAAAAAAAUUUAAAUUGAAGUUGUUGUGUUAAAGAAAAUAAAUUAUAUUUAUUCCCUGGCAUUCUCCACUUAA